GAGUGUAAUCUUCUGUGUCUGUCCCAACUAGGGGUGUUAGUCGGUCGGUUUCGGUUUAAACGAAAACCGAUUUUUUAAACCGAGUCGUCCCCUAUAGAUGUCACCCACCGACCGUGAAAGGAGUCACAGUUAGCCGGCCACCGACCGAUUGGUUUUCAGUUUUGGUUCGGUUUAACCGUGGUAACCGCUAGGCCAUCUGUUUCCUCCCAUUCUCGAUGCUUCCCUGUUCCCAUCUCCUCCUACUACCCUUUCCUCUCCCCAAAAAAUCAUCCAUCCUACCUCUCCGUUCCCGAUCUCGUCCUUUUAGCUACAAAGUCGUUUUUCCUUUUGAUUUUGACUAUUUUUCCCCGUUUGUAUCCUGAGAAAAACAAAAUAUGAUUCAAAUCUUACUUACUAUGUUUCCACUCUGUGCAAUCGGAUUAUAGCUCUACAACGGGGAUCUGAAGAAGCGAAUCGGGAUCAUGUCGGGGAUAUGCUUGUUGAUCCAGCACAAGCCAGAGAUGAAAGGGGACCGCUACGAGGCCAUCUACAGGUUCUACUUCGGCGAUUACGGCAACAUCGCCGUCGAGGGGCCGUACCUCACCUACGAGGACAACUUCUUGGUCGUGACCGGCUUCUCGGAGAUUUUCGAAGGGGCGUACGAUCAGGUGAAGUUGCAGCCGCUGAUCUUCACUUUCAAGCUCUUCUACACUUUCUAUCUCAAAUCAAGGGGACGGAAGUUGGGCGAAGGCGGAGGCUCGCAUGCUCUGCUAGUCGACGACGACGAAUGCAAAGGCGGAGGAAGUUUGCAGGCGAACUGGGUGGAGGCGGAGGUGAGGCGCGGCGCGGGAUCGGGGAGAUGGGGGAGGGAAGGGUCGUCGAAAUAGGUUAUUCGAUUUGGGGGUGAAGGAUUUUCUGCGGUUUUGGGAUGGGGAGAAGGGGAUUUUCGGUGAGGGUCGGUUAGCCGGUUAGCCGCGGUUAAUUAUGUCCGGUUAUUCGGCUAGCCGGAACCCUCUUAUAUGCAUCUGAACACCAACCGAGGUCGGUUUUUUGUUAGUCGGUUACUAUUGGUUUUCGAUUAUAACCGUCGGCUAACCGCUAACCGGCAACCGAUUUGCCAGCCCUAGUCCCAACUCCCAAUCAUAUUGAUACAACUGCAUUAAUGAACAACGACUUUUUCGACUUGCUAGAUCUCCGACAAUCAAAUCAGGAAUGAUAUUCUAAAAAGAAAAAAUAUGUGCGAGAUCUUAGUGAGAAAAAUCGUAGUCUUAAAUGUGAUAACAUUCACAUUGUUUUAUUAUUGAGAGACCUCUACAUCUUUUCUAUUAUCUCGCUAUAGUGAUAUUUAAUAAUUAAUACUAUUUAUUGAUCGUUAGCCUCGACAACAAGAGUUUGUUGUAGACUAAAACGUUCUCAUGUUGUGCGACUCUUUGAUGUUGUUCGGUAUGAUCAGACAACAUCCAAAGGUCGAGGGGUGGGCUUACGGGCCCCUUCUUGCUCUUGGACUAUCUGAGUUUGGUCCCCAUAUAAUGGGCCCAACGUAAUGGAUAUUGCUAUCAAUUUUUUUUUUAUAGGAGAUAUUGCUAUCAAAUGAAAGCGCUAAGAAUCGUAGGGAUGGCAACGGGGCAGAUCGGGGCCGAGUACAAGCCUCCCGAUCCUUGCCCGUCAACCUUGACGGUUUUCCCCAUCCCCGUCCCCGACGACUAAACGAGGAUAGCCUAGCUGCCGUCACCGUCCGUCGAUGGGUUUGGGGAACCCACGGAUCCCACGGCCAGUGUCCACUAUUGAAAGGAAGUUGGGGAGGACCUUACAGAAAACUGCUGCCGACGACGUACAGAGAACUUACCUUCCCCGUCGCCCCCGAAUACACAGGUCUUCUUGAUGGCCGACGAUCAGGGCAAAGUCGAUGGCCAACGAUCGCUCUAUUGAGGAGAAGGAGGAGGGGAUUUUUCGUUGGCGGUGGAAUUGGGCGAUGGGUGAUUAGGGAUUGCGGUGAAACAGUGAUCAAUGUUGCUUUCUUCUGCGCGUGUGAAUGGAAGUUUGGCUGGGAGGGUUAUUAAAUGGGAUAAAUUACU